AUGGCGGCGGCGGCGGCGGCGCUCGGAGGCGAAGAGCGAGGGGCGAGUCGCAUUUUUCUUUUUUGGGAACAGAUGAGGGAGCGGGACAUAGGGGAAGUUGGGGGCAAGGCAGUCGGGGCCACGGCCUAUAGGUCCACGGCCGCCCCCGACGCCGGCGACGAACAUGGCAGCAGCCGGCAGGGGAAGGCUCGGUCGCAGCGCCGAGGAAUGGCGACCAAGCCGGUCGCCGUCAACGACCUCAUCCACUGCGUCGCCUCCUCUUGCCUCUCCAACCGCCUACCCUGCAACUACACCCUCCACGACUCCGUCUCCGGGGUGUUCGACGCGUUGAUGGCGGAGGUGUUCGACGCCGUCUCCGGGGUGCGCCGUGCCUAUGCCGCGCUCCAGGGCGCGCACUGCCCCUGGGACCCCGACAAGAUGCGCGUCGCGGACGAGGCUGUUGUCGCCGAGCUCUGCCACCUCGCGCGCCUCCGCGGCCGCUUCCGCCACUCAGCUGCCACGGGCCACAUCCCACGCCUGAACCCUUCUGCGCUGCCCCUCCACGAGGCCGUGGCGCCGUACGAGGCGGCGCUCGACGACCUCCAGCGCCAGCUCCAAUCCAAGCAGGGCGAGGUGGAUGGGCUCAAGGAGAAGCUCGCGGCGGCCACCAGCCGCCGUAACGGGCGCCACCACCACCACCCGGUCUCCAAGCAAAAUGGCCCCGACAGCGCGGCGACGGCGGAGCUGUUCACCUCUAGUGCCGAGCAGGCCCGCACGGCGACGUGGGCGUUCGCGGGGCACCUCGCGCACCUGAUGCGCGCAGCGGGGCUGGAGCUCGCGGCGGCCAUUCGAUCGCUCACCAAGAUCCCGGUGUCCUCCCCGUAG